CUCGAAGCCGUUUUGGUUGUACUGGGUGCCGCGCGCUAGUCCGGUGGGGUUCCAACGGCCUUUUCUCUCACGCGCCGCCUGGCUAAACCAGAUGUUCUUUGGAAAGACUUGGCUUUUGAUUCUGAGCCUCAUGCAGUACAGAAUUUAAGGGGAAGUACUAUGUAUCUUCUAGAGAUAUUCUGAUAUCAAGGACUGAAGUAUCCUAUGGCUUGACAGCUAGAUGAAAGAAGAACAGAUUGUUGUUUCAUUUGAUAAAGAUGGAGACAACAAUGCUGAAUUUACGGAAUCUCUUUGACCAACUCAUAUGCCAAGCAGAAAUUCUAAAUGAAGGCAGUGAAUACCAAUUUAUCCAAUUGGCCAAGAAUUUUGAAGAGUUCAGGAGAAAAUGGCAGAAAAUGGAUCAUGAGGUGGCCAGAUACAAAGAUCUACUGAUGAAAACAGAAACUGAGCGUAGUGCUCUAGAUGUGAAACUGAAGCAUGCACGCAACCAAGUAGAUGUGGAGAUCAAGAGAAGACAGCGAGCUGAAGCAGAUUGUGAAAAGUUGGAGCAACAGAUUCAGCUGAUCAAAGAGCUUCUCAUGUGUGAUUCAUCAGGCAGUAUACAGCUAAGUGAAGAACAGAAAUCAGCACUGGCUUUUCUAAACAGGCCUCAGACUUCUAUGGGUGGCAACAAAAGAUUGUCAACAAUAGAUGAAUCUGGUUCAAUUUUAUCUGACAUCAGUUUUGACAAAACGGACGAAUCAUUGGAUUGGGAUUCCACAAUGGUAAAGACUGUUAGGCUGAAAAAAAGAGAGAAAAGACGCUCUUCUAGGCAGUUUAUUGAAGGUCCACCUGGUCCUUUAAAGAAAACCCGUUCCAUUGGCUCUACAGUAGAUCAGGGAAAUGAAUCAAUAGUUGCAAAAACAACACUCACAGUACCUAAUGAUGGAGGCCCAAUUGAAGCAGUUGCCACUAUUGAGACUAUACCUUACUAUGUUGGAAAUCACAGAAAGGCAGCCAUUCUACAGCCUUGGAACAGUGACUCAAGCCUGGGAAGCAGGAAGGUGGAAAACAAAUCUGAAACAGAUGGAUCUAGCACUCCUGGAAGCAUUGGGAUGAGACUACAUGAAUUUGUAUCAAAAACGGUUAUUAAACCUGAGUCCUGCGUUCCAUGUGGGAAGCGGAUAAAGUUUGGAAAAAUGUCCCUGAAAUGCAGGGACUGUCGGGUAGUCACACAUCCAGAAUGUCGAGAUCGCUGCCCCCUGCCCUGUACCCCUACCUUAGCAGGAACCCCUGUCAAAAUUGGAGAGGGAGUCCUGGUGGAUUUUGUACCUCUGACGACUCCAAUGAUCCCCUCCAUUUUAGUUCACUGUGUGAAUGAGAUUGAGAGACGAGGGUUGAAUGAGACAGGCCUCUACCGAAUUUCUGGUUGUGACCGCACAGUGAAAGAUUUGAAGGAGAAAUUCCUUAGAGGGAAAACAGUACCUCUGCUUAGCAAAGUGGAAGAUAUCCAUGCUGUAUGUAGCCUUCUUAAAGAUUUUCUCCGCAAUCUUAAGGAGCCUCUUCUUACAUUCCGUCUCAACAAGGCCUUUAUGGAAGCAGCAGAAAUUGUGGAUGAGGACAACAGCGUAGCAGCCAUGUAUCAAACUGUUGGAGAGCUACCACAGGCUAAUAGGGAAACUCUGGCUUUCCUCAUGAUACAUCUGCAGAGAGUGGCUCAAAGUCCAGAUACCAAAAUGGAUAUUUCCAACCUGGCUAAAGUCUUUGGACCUACAAUUGUUGGCCAUGCUGUACCAGAGCCUGAUCCCAUGACACUACUCCAGGACACAAAAAGGCAACCUAAGGUUGUGGAACGGUUGAUCAGUUUGCCUGUGGGAUACUGGAGCCAGCUUAUGAUGGUAGAACAAGAAAAUAUUGAGCCAGCUCACAUCAUUGAAAAUUCCAAUGCUUACUCCACACCCUGCACACCUGAUAUUAAAGUGAGCAUGUUAGGACCACUCACCACUCCAGAACAGCAACUGGUAAAAACUCCUUCAAGCAGCUCACUGUCUCAAAAAGUCAAAUCUACGUUUAGCAAAACCACACCCAAAUUUACAAGCAAAAGCAAGUCUGCAACAAAUCUUGGACGACAAGGAAACUUUUUUGCUUCUCCGAUGCUGAAAUGAAAUGCAUUGGUGUUCUGAAUAGCUACUUGCAGUGCAAUUUAUAAAGACCAACAAUAAAAUCUCACGUUGUUCCUUCACUUUGUAACAACAAUGUGUAAUAGGAUCAGUGGUAUAUGUCUGUUUUUUAGCUUUUCUUAAAUUUUAUUUGAAUUUUAUUCAGUGUAAAAUAUCUAGAGUAAUAUCACAUUUAUUGUAGGGUAUAACUGGCAUAACCAAUUCAGCAUGCAGGUAGGGAAUCUGCAAGUUUGCUUGUGUUUGAAAACAUUUCUGUAGCUGGGAAGCUGCCGUCAUCUGUUCAUUGGAAAAGAAUGUAGUUUGAAAAACGAGUAAUUUUCUUCAUUUCACAAGCUUUAGGGAAAAUUAAUGCUGAUCCACUACAAAAGGUAUCUCUAGUUGAAAUUGUACAUGCUCAAAAUGUGGUCAUGUGAAAAAUUGAAACCCAGUGUUCCAUUAGUGCAUGUACACAUUGUAUAUUUAAGCUACUUUUUUUUGUACCAAAGGGGGACAUAGUAAAUGUGAUAACAAAUUGAGUAAAUGAGAUAAUAGUAUAUUGUUACUUUAACUCUACCCCCAGCUCCCAAAUGCAGUCAAAUGGUUUCAUUUAUUUGAAUUAUCUAGAUUGCUGGUAAAAUCAUGUGCUUACCAUUGGAAGGGCUCUUAAGGUUAUAGCCAUAGCAAUACGAAUUUACCCUUGAAUUUAUCCCUCCUGUAAAGCCUUCUGAUAAAGUGAGUUCUUAAAAGAGCUGUCAUUGAAUAGAAGCUGAAUGUAUUAUUUGUCUGUUAGAUGCAUUGGAUAAAUCUGUCUAUUUGGCUCUUUCUAUUAAUUUUUAUCAUAUCUGUAAAAACUGCUCUCUAUUUAAGAGCAUUUUAUUUUGCAGCAUCAAAAAAGUAAAACAUCCUCACAUAGCACAUAUUAUUCUGUGGUGUAUUAAAUGAUAUUUAAAUGGUAGCAAUUUUUAGAUUAGUAUCUCUAAGAGUUGGGCUUAGUACCCAAAUCUAUAUAAAGCUUUGCUUUGGCAGCAGCCUUUCAUACAUCAGCUCCUAACUCUUCCUUUGGAAGAAUGACGCAGGUUUGAGCAAGGAAAUUAGUAAGUUUGGAUAAUCUUCCCAAACAGGCAAAGAAUGGGUUCAAGAAAAUUUCUUGCACAACUUCCCUUCUGUGUGAAUCCGUUCUAUACAUAUUUCAGAUUGAGGCAUUUUCUAUAGUAGUAAAUGCUGUUGCUGUGAAGAAUCUCUGCAAUUGGAAUGUGGACAUGGGUUUCAAAAUUCUCCAAGCGUCUGGAUGGGGGGAAAAACACUCUUGUGGCCAAAGCUAUUCAGGGAUGAUUGAUGGGAAUUUCCAGUACUUGGUUCUAGACAACUUUGGACAGGUGAGAAAAACAAUGGCCAGGUGCUGUUUUCUGGAAUUUGUGCAGAUUAUGAGAGAUUGCUAUCACUACAGGGUUUUAUCAUUGAAACUAACCUCAGCAUCUUGGAUAUUCAAAAAGUUCUAGUGGCUCUAAUGGGUCACCUGUGCCUAUUAUCAUACUUAAAUGAGAUUUUGAUAUGAUGUUCAGGACAGAAGUUCCUAGACAAUAUACAUACCACUUUAGUUUCCUUGAAGGAGUACAGCUUUGUGGUGAAUCUGCAAAAGAGCACUUUAAGAACAUUACGAUGCCUAGAGCAUUUGGAUAUAGUUCUGGACGCCAGUCAGGUCAAGAUUUUUUUGACAGAUACUUAAAAGAUUCUGCAGGUUGGUGCCUUCCAUUCUGAUAAAGAGCUGAUGAAUAUAAUGGACUUUGCUUGCCUUCAGGGUAUGAUGAUGAUAUAACAAGAUCUGAUUUCUUGGUCCUGGUUAUCAGGACCAAGAAAAGUAUCAAACGGUUUUUGAAAGGAGUGGCAGUGAUUAGUUCUAGGGCUCAUCCAUUCAUUACUUAGAAACUAAAUUGGAUAUUGACUGCAUUUUUGGGAUUCCCCCUUUGAGCUUUACUUGCACAUAAUUUUCAUGGUUGGAAGAGUGUAUCAUGAAGGUUUAUGUGGCUUUGGGAAUGCAACCACCAUGGGGGCAUCAAAGCACAUUCAGAGGCUGCAGCUUCAGCAACUUUCCAGAGGAAUUCUUUAAUAGAAGAGAUUUGUAAAACUCUGAUUUGGAAGUCAAUGCAUAUCUUUACUAAACAUUAUAAAACCAAUAAAAGUACAAAAGUUUUCCAGAUGUGUUUUCCAGUGGUGAUAUGGUCAGCUAUUUUAGAAGUCUUCGUAGGGAUAUUGGUCAUAUCCCUGGGUUAAGAAUAUCCUUUGUGGUACUCCAUUUGUAAUCAACUACUAUUCUAAGAACUUUUUCAUAAAUAUUAUUGUCAAGGCAAUGUCCCCCCAUUCUAUACUGGUAAAUUUGAUUUCUGCUUCCUAAGUGAGUUUUGCAUUUAUCUAUGUUAAGUUUUAUUCUAUAAUUUUUGGCCCAUUUUAACUGAACAAUACUAUUUUAAUUUUUAUUUGUCUUUAGCUGAUUUUGUGUUAACAAAAUUCAA